AUGGUAGGAGGUUGUGAGGAGAGGGAGAGGAGGAUGAUGGUGGUGGAGUCUGUGGUCUGCCCAAAGCCAAGGAGAUUGGGGCUUUUAAAUCCUGCUCUUAAUGAACAAAUCAGACCUUUAAGAUUGCCUGUCAAUAAUCAUGCGGAGAUGACAGAUUCAAAAGCUGGGGCAGAGCUUCUUGACAUAUUUCUUACUAAGGGAGGUUAUGGUGGGGACAAACUCAGUUACCACUCAUCAUCACCACCAUUUUACUGUGGAUCACCACCAAGUAGGGCAUCAAACCCUGUAAUCCAAGAUGCUCAAUUUGGUAAUGAAAAAAUAAGCCCAUUAUCUCCUGCACCACCAUCCCCAUCCCCAUCAUCGGCGCGUAAAGGAGGAGGUUGCGUCCGAAUGAAAUUCGGGCACACGCCAGCUGCAGUGAGGAUUGAAGGGUUUGAUUGUCUCCGCAGAGAUCGGCGAAAUUGCAGCAUCUCUGCUGUGGCUUAA